AGACGGAUACAAUAAUUCGCAGCCAUGGGUCGUGUCAGGACCAAGACCGUCAAGAAAGCGGCGAAAAUUAUCAUUGAGAAGUACUACACAAGGUUGACUUUGGAUUUUGAUACCAACAAGAGGAUAUGUGAGGAAAUCGCUAUCAUUCCCACCAAGCCUCUUCGUAACAAGAUCGCUGGGUUUGCCACCCACUUGAUGAGGCGUCUCCGACACUCCCAGGUGCGUGGUAUCUCCAUCAAGCUUCAAGAGGAGGAGCGUGAGAGACGUGACAACUACGUCCCAGAGGUUUCUGCCCUGGAACAUGACAUCAUUGAGGUUGACCCUGACACCAAGGACAUGUUGAAGAUGCUCGACUUCAACAACAUCAACGGUCUUCAGCUAACUCAGCCUGCCACCUCAAACUACGCUGGCAGACGUUAAUUUAAGCUAAUAAAUACUUUAAAAUGUA